GUGAACAUUGUUAUAAAAUGUUAAGGAAUAUUUGUCCGGAGACGCAGUCCGAAAGCAGUGCUCUGAAUCGUCUUCUCUAGAUCCAGAGAAAAGGAGGGACAUUCCGGUGUAUCCGCAGCGAAUGCGCGGAGUUUCAGAGUGAGUCACAAGAUGCACCCCAUUGAUACCGCGAGGAAGGCCACUCUAGAGACCGAGGUCGUGGACGUUCUGGAAACGUACGGGAAUCGACUCCUGGUCAUAGAGCGGACGCUUGAUGACACGGCGGAGACAACGAUGGCUGACCAAUUGGAAUGCAUCCGAAUUGAGAACGACAAUGCACGCGACCGGCUUGAAUCGCUCCUGAGCGAAGCUGCCCGAUGUCACGAUCAGACCUCUGAUCUCUUGAGCUCUGUGUGGAACACAACUAGGAUGAAAAUCCUGUAUCACGGUGUCUUGAAGGACGCGGUUUCGGCUUCCCAGGUCUGCGCCACUUGGAAAAGUCAGCGCGGCAUUCUCGAAAUCUUGGAAUACCACAACCGGGAUGUCUUUGGUCCUAACCCGAACGAUGCCAAGAAUUAUGUGAAUGUAUUCACCUACCCUAAUAUUGUCAAAGAUCAUCUGUUCAAUAUCCAGCACAUCCUUGAGAAAUACGGCGAAAUUGUUUCUUGUCGCGCCUACAAGCGAUUCGUGGACUUGAUAAGGUGGCUGGAUCACGAACAUCCGCAGCUAACCUCGAUUAAGGGGCUGGACGCCUCGACGAUCUACGCCGAGAUCGAAAGGAGCGACGAAGUUAUCCUCGAACAGAGCAGAAUGAGGAUGCCUUCCUGGGAUUCCGCGGACGCGAACCUCGCUGAGCUCUAUAUGAGCGAAUCACUCGUUGUCGUUCGGACCAUACCAAGAUGGAUGUUCGCAAGGGGGAAAACCGAAUUCAAGCAGACAGCUCUUGUCGAUCUUGAAGAAGGGGAUGAUGAGCGUACCCUGCACGUGCUCGGCAUCGGCUUCAGGAAGGUAUUGAUCGCAGACAACCGAGAGAAGCGGGAUGAAUGGCUGAGAACCUUCCGAGAGAUCAAGUUGAGCAAUGUGGUGGCCUAAGGUGUUGGAGCAGCAAUCCCACGGGGAAUCAACGAGUUUGAUGAUGUUCAGAGUGCUCGAAAGCCAGCAUUGCUGUUUAAUUUAAUUUUGAUUGGUCCUCGAAGUAGACACCUACGACGAGGGGGGAGCUCGGAAGAGACGUUACGGCAACUACCUCCUGAUUUUGCCGCGAAAUUUCAGGGCUCCUUCUGUUAAUUUAUGUUUUGUUCAGCUGGCAGAUCUGAAGAACCGAAAGGCGGCUGGACGUGGACCCGACCCUGGAGCGGAGAUUUCAAUGACCGCUUAUCGGUUGCGUCCUCGAUGUUUCAGACGGAGAGAAAUCAUUCACGAUGAAGUUGUUUUAGGGUGACGGUGAGACGGGGUGAGGGAUUCGAACCUCCGGCGAAUUAGACGAUACAUUCGAGGCUACCGACUCCCACGGAGCACAUUCGCGGUCAACGUAGAUCAACGUGGAUCAAUGUCGUGGCAGGCUGAGCGCCGCUUGUGGAAAACUGCACCUCGCGAUAGAUACGAAUUCCGUGUUGACAUGUAUCGUGGUGUCCGAUGGUGCGAAUUGGAACCGGAGCACCAUUUUGCGCAUCUGGAUCCCUAAUCAUUCUGACCUGGAGCUUCCAAUUGUGGAUGGCCUUUCGGCUGUUAUUUAGGCCAGUUCCCGCACUAAGCGGGGACUUCUUAAAGAUUUAACAUUUUGUGAGAUCUGUUACCGAACGAAUCGUCGAUCAAAAGCUCGCGGAAUUUCGGUAUAGCCCCUCGUUCUUUUAGUUUUGGAACGUUCCGGGGCGCUUCUUCUUAUCGACAGAAAAAUGCCUAAGGGAGCGCGACGUGAAGAGAUGAACCGAUUUUUCUUCCUGAGAAAUUACGAAUCGAGAUAGAUAAAUUUUAUGGAGUCUUGCG